CUACAGCUGGGACUCUGUGGGUAUGUCCCCCCAUCGGAAGGUGUACACAGACCUUCAGGCUCGGACCCUGAGCUACUCCGUCCCUUCACUGCGAGCCCAGAACUGGUCCCGGACCAGCGUCCGCGCCGGCAAGGGGACGAGUGGCCGCGGCUUCAGUUCGGCAGCUCACCGGUCCUCGGAGAUGGUGGAGUUCGCGGGUGAAGGCAAGGCGCGGGCCGCCAACGAGAAGGAGCAGAUGCAGGGGCUGAACGACCGCUUCGCCGGCUACAUCGACAAGGUCCGCCAGCUGGAGCAGCACAACAAGGCGUUGGAGGCAGAGAUCACCGAGCUGAGGCAGAGGCAGACCACCUCCAGCCGCCUGGCCGGCGUCUAUGAGCCGGAGAUCAGGGAACUCCGCCUGCUCGUCCUGGACACGGAGAAGCAAAAGGGGCAGGUCUUGCUGGAGAGGGAGCGCCUGGGGGAAGACCUGCAGCAGCUCCAGGCCAAGCUGGAGGAGGAGACGCGGGUUCGGGACGAGCUCCAGGCGAGCAUCGACCUGUGCAGGAAAGAGACGGGCACCUCUCACCUGGUGAAGCUGGAGCUGGAGAAGAAAGCCCAGGCGCUGGCGGAUGAGAUCGAGUUCCUGAAGAGCAACCACGAGGAAGAGGUGGCCGAUCUCUUCUCUCAGAUCCAAGCCUCCCAGGUCGGGCUGGAGAUGAAGGAUUUCCUGAAGCCGGACCUCACUGGGGCCCUGAGAGAGAUCCGGGCGCAGCUGCAGGGCUACGCCAGUGUCAACCUGCAGCAGGCGGAGCAGUGGUUCCGCUCCAAGGUGGCUCAACUUAACCAAGCUGCAGAAAUGAACAAUGAGGCCAUCCAGGCGACCAGGCAAGAGAUUAAUGAGUACCGCAAGCAGCUCCAAACCAAGAGCAUUGAGCUAGAGACGGUCAGGGGCACCAAAGAAUCCCUGGAAAAGCAGCUCAGCGACAUCGAGGAGAGGCACGAUGCAGAACUAGUCCACUACCAGGAUACCAUUCAACAACUGGAAAACGAGCUGAGAAACACCAAGUGGGAGAUGAGUCUCCACCUGAGGGAAUAUGAAGAUUUGCUGAAUGUCAAAAUGGCUUUGGAUGUGGAGAUCGCCUCCUACAGGUAA